ACAAGAAUGGAGUUAAAGGUCUUAAUAUUCUAAUUAUCUCUUUAACAUGUUUGAUUUAUAAAAGAGAAUUAUGUUUGUAAUACACUCAAUCAUAGGUAACCGUGAUCAAAUAUUUAAAUGUAUUAUUUAUGGUGAAUACUAAAAUAUUCAUUGUUUUCAGUGUCAAUUCCAUCACGAAUAGGUAGCAUUUGGUUCAUUUACAUAUAAUUUAUAUACAAUCAUUGUUUUCUUGUUGAGUAUAAAGGCAUUUGGCCAGUAAUUAUUUUUCUUUUUGGAUAUUAAUAACAGGGUCAAUAUGGAGAAAACUGCAAUUAAAUGUCCAGAUUGUGAAGCAACAUUUACAUUAAAAAAGAAUAUGUAUGCUCAUUGCCGUAACAUUCACAAAAUUGAAAAUUUAAUCAAAAAACCAAAAAUGUCUCAAUGUCAUAUUUGUAAUGUAAAAUUUGUGAAUAAAAAGUGUUUAUCUCAACACAUAAAAACAUUUCACGAUAAUUCUACGAAUGAAAAACAUACUAGAAUAAUAUGUCCUUAUGAUUUAUGCGAGGAAAAGUUAUUUACAUCUCUUAAAUUAAGAGAACACUUGUGUGUUAAACAUAAUAUUACAGUAGAGUUGGAAGAGAUAACUUUUGAUAAUUUAAAAGAAUUUGAAACAUGGAAGCAAAAAAUAGAAAAAGAAACAGUUUCGAUGUAUGUAUUAGAUACUGGAGCAAAAAAAUUGUUUAAUGGAAUUCUUAAGCAAUAUUAUUUUUGUCAUCGCUCAUUAAAUUAUCGAAAAUCAGGAAACGAUUUAAGAUUAAUAAAGUCGAUGGGGAGCAAUAAAAUUGGUAAAACUUGUCCGUCAAAACUUGAAACAACACUAGUAGAAACUAAUGGAGUUGCUUCAGUAAAAGUAAAAUAUUGGAAAACACACUGUGGGCAUGCUCAAGAAAUUGGUCGAUUGAAAAUUGAUAAAGAGAAUAGAACAAUGAUUGCAGGUUCUUUAUUUAUAUACAUAUAA